AUGUUUCAUUUUGGCACUAAUUCCACAAACUUAUCCGAGCAAGGUACUAAGCAAACUAAAGAUACUACUUCAUUUGAUAAAUGGAGAAAGAAUGAUACUCUUAACUUUAUCAAAGAUCAGGGCAAUGGAAAUUGUUGUUAUGCAUUUGCUGUUUGUGAUGUAAUUGAGGCAUUGUAUUUUAUUAACAAUGGAGAGCCUAUAUUCUUAUCUGUCCAAGACAUAUAUAAUCAUCUCAUAAAAAAUGAAACAGAUGAUAUAGAAGGGCGUACUAUACGUGAUGCCUUAAAAUUUAUUUCCGAAAAUGGGUGUAUUUUAGCUCACACAUGCCCUUACGAGCAAAGAUUCAAACCUACAGGUUAUCCGCGUGAGGUGUUUUUACGUAUUGAAACCUACGAUGCAAUAGACCUUCAACGAGUGGUAUUACCCAAAAAAAAAUCAAUAGCUCUUGAAAAGCUUGAAAAGAAUGUAGAAGAGGAAAUCAGGACAGCGCCUGUUGCAGCACAAUUGAUUUGGAUCGAGGGUGAUUUGAAAGAUUUUAAAGGAAGUGAUAUAUAUUCUGGUCCAAGAAAUGCAGAUGCUUUUCUAGAUGCAGGAAAACACGGAGUUGUUAUUGUUGGAUAUGGGGAAGAAAAAGUAAAGAAAAAAUUAAAAAAAUAUUGGAUAGUAAAAAAUUCACAUGGAAAAGACUGGGGUGACCUUGGAUAUAUAAAAAUUGAUAGAGCUCCAUGCUACGGACAAUUGCUUAUAGAAGCUGUGUUUCUUGUUCGAGGUGUAGCAAAAGAGAAAGCAAAAGAUGGUGAAGCAUAA